AUGCAGACUGUUCCAGCAGCUGUGCCAGAGUUCAUCCGAGACCCGAAAUCGACAGUGGAGAUUGUAGAGAACAUCACGCUUGUAGGAGGGUUGAUAACGGGCGACGUGCAACAAGAUGCGCAAGAGAAGAAGAGCGAUCUGAAGAACAUCAGGACGAAGGCAUUGGUUGUGAAAGAGCCUAAGGCAGAUUUUGAGAUGCAAGAUGUGAUAUUGGAUGGAAUACGCGAGAACGAGCCCUGGUAG